GAGAGAGAGAGAGAGGACAGCUGACAAAAUGUCGAUGACAGAUCUGUUGAAAGCUGAGGAGAUCAAGAAAGCUCUUGAAGCCUUUGCAGGAGAAACAUUCGACCCUAAGAAGUUCUUUGAAAUGGUGGGAAUGAAGGCCAUGACAGCUGAAAACGUCAGGAAGGUCUUCCAGGUUCUGGAUGUGGACGGCAGCGGCUUCAUAGAGGAGGAGGAGCUCAAGUAUGUACUAAAGGGCUUUUCCAAGGAGGGCAGAGAUCUGACCGACUCUGAGACAUCAGCGUUCCUUAAAGCCGCAGACAAAGAUGGAGACGGCAAGAUCGGCAUUGAUGAGUUUGAGAUCUUGGUGCAUGAGGGAUAGGGGAUAGCUGAACACCCCCCGUCUUCUUCCUCCUCCUCUUCGUCCCUGCAUUCAUAUUCUGUAACUGCCACCUUCAAACUCCUCUCACCUUCUUCGGGACCCCACAGACGGAGUCAGACCAGGCCUGCUCUCUACGAAACACUACAGCAGCAGGCCGACAGGGAGUUACCAUGAGGAGAAACAUACAGGCAUAACAGGCACCGGUGUCAUUAUUGAUUUUUCUUUUUAUAUAUAUAUUUAAUCGCACAUGCUGUAUGGGUUUCAUGAUCAUUCUUAAUGAUUUCAUGAAGAUCGUGGUGGUGCUAGUGCUGUAGAUGGUGUAGAUGUUAUAAAGAAAUCUUAAUUUCCUUCCUCUAUGUAUUUCAGGUUGUGCAUUUUGUCUGAUUGGUUUAACUUCUAGAUGUUCACAUAUCAGUGCACUUUCCUCCCACUCCUCCUCUUCCUCGUCCACCUUCCUUCACCUCACCUCCUCUCCUCCUCCUCCUCCUCCUCCUCCUCCACACUCCCUGCCUCCGAUCAGAUGAUGUAGUAAAUAAAAUGAUAUGUAAGGAGAGCUGUGAAGAGAGAAAAGCUCUGAGUAAGAAAUGAUAAUAAAAUAACUUGAGUAA